GUCAGCGUCCUUCGCCAAAGUGGCGGGCACCACCAUUGGUGACAAGUUAAUUUACCCACCACCGUCCUGUCCUUUCUAACGUCAUGUAACGUGUCAGUUCAUUUUCUAUAUAUCGGUAGGAUAAAGUACUUUAGCGGCCUAACGCCAAUCAAGGUGUCAAGUGGUAAUGCAGCAUCUAUAUAUUCCUGCCUUAAUUUGGCUUACACUUUUGCAUAGUUUGAAAGUACUAUUGUUCUUUUACCGGAGGGAGUUUGGUUUAAAUGAUUGAAGCAAUGGUUAUAUUUUGCGCAAUGAGAUUGCCCGUUGGAAAAGUAUUGGCAGGUGUAGGGAUAUUACUUUAAUCAUCAAUUGUGUUUGAUGGUAAUGUCGGUAGGGUGUUACCAUUCCACACCCCUAUAAGCUCUUUGGCAAAAUUUUGGUUUAGUUGCUGGGGGAUGCUGGAUAUUGUAUCAGUUGGUAGGAAGAGACACACACUGCAGGUGGUCCUGAGGGUGACUGGUCCAAAUUAGACUUGGAAGAUUAUCUUGAGAAACUUUUGAUUAAGAUUUCCUGAUUCGGUGGAAUCUGGACCCAAAACUCCUUCUAGACAUUUGUUCCGUCUCUUAUGCUUGAGUUCGGCUUCUAAGGAGGGAUUCGGGAUGAGUUCGACCAUCGAGAUGGGCUUAUUAGCAGCAUCUGAAGAUGACGAUGAGAUAGAACAAGGUGAAGAAGGAGUAGAAGUUGUAAGCGGAACCACCAAACCUUCCCCCAAGAUGGCUGAGGAAGAAGAUGAUGAUGACGACGAUGAUGACGACGACGAUGACGACGACGAAUCUUCAGAGACAGAGACUGAUGAGUCGGAAGAUGACAAAAGAAAGAAAAAGAAAAAGAAGAAGAGAGACAAGAAGAAAAAGAAAAAGAAGAAGAAAAAAAAGGAAACCCCUGAGAGUCCCACGAUGCAACGGCCCAACUUCUCUGAUGCUGCGUCGGUGGAGAGACUGUUUAUUCAAGCCGUGGAGCGUGGCGAUCGCAAGGCAAUUAUCUUUGCCUUGGAGAACGCUCCUGACCUGAAUAUCAACUGUACCGACCAGGAUGACAGAUCAGCAUUGCUGAUAGCUAUUGAGAAUGGGAACUCAGAUAUUGUGCAGUUACUUUUGGAUCACAACGUGCAGUUGGGGGAUUGUUUAUUACGUGCAGUCGAUGAGCAGUUUGUGCAAGGUGUCCGCCUCAUCUGUGAGCACAUAAAGAAGAAAAACAUACCGGAAUGCCUGAAUUGUAAAGCUUUGAAUGGUGACUUUCAUCCUGACGUCACACCGCUGGUCCUGGCAGCCCAACAUAACCACUAUGAUAUCAUCCGUAUCUUGCUAGAGUAUGGAGCAAGAAUUAAGGAUCCAAGAGAUUAUAGCGACGAGGCUGAGAUGCAUACCCUGGAGAACUCAGUGGGAAUGUUGAAUCUUUACAAAGCUUUAGCCAGCCAAGCCUACAUUUCCCAAACUUCAAGCGAUCCCUUCAGCACGACCUUUGAACUCUGCGCCAAACUACGUAAGCUGGCUCGGACCAAGUACGAAUUCUGCGAUCAGUUCCAAGAACUGGUCCGUCAGUGUGAAGAUUUUUCUGCAGGUCUUCUGGAUCAUGUCCGAGAUUCCAAUGAGCAGGCAUUUAUCUUGAAUCAUGACCCCUAUGGGUGGAGCAACCCAUCUGAAGAUCUCCAGACUUGCCAACCGAAUAGAGUCAAGGCUGCAAUUUUCUUUGAACAAAGAAAGUUUGUGGCUCAUCCUCAUUGCCAGCAACGUCUGAUUGAGCAAUGGUACCAUGGUCUACCUGGCUGGAGAGACCAGAGCUCCCUCAAAUCUGGUCUUAUUGUUCUCCUUAUGGGCAUCGGCUUUCCUAUUCUCUCCUUGGCCUACAUCUUUUUUCCUUACGGACGUCUUGGCAGAUUCCUUCGCAUCCCUUACGUCAAGUUUGUCUGUCACACGGCAUCCCAGCUUUUCUUCCUAGUUCUUUUGUUGUAUCAGACCAUAGUCGAAAGCACCUCCCACCCUUUGUCAGCGUUGGCUGUUAGUAGUGAAGAGGAAAUCGUUACUGAUUCGGUAUCAACUACAACAACUAAAGCACAACCUCCAAGCAUAGUCAUGCUCUUGAUUGUAGCUUGGGUGGCAGGAAUGACAUGGUCAAAAUGCAAGGAGCUUUGGUACAAUGGCUCUCGGUUCUUCAAUAACCUCUGGAACUAUUUUGAUUUUGUGACGUUGGUUUUGUACUGGACCGUCAUCGCUCUUCUCUUCAUGGUCUUUUUCCAGUCUCAAAGGGGUACAGCAGCUCAUCAAGUUGUAGCUCGUUCCCAGGGAGUUAACACUACAGACCAACCAACUCCAAGCGCUGAUCCUUCUUUAUCAACCUCUGAAUCCAACAAUGUUCAUAUCAGAGAAGAUCUUCAAGAUAUGGGACUGACAUUGGAUGACAUCUCGAACAAGAUUGAUGGAUUGAUUGCAGACCAAAAUGCUAUGAACUCGGACAUUUUGAAUAUGUUGACAGACACUCUUAGUGGGAAGAAACGGACUGUGAUACCGACUCCACCUCCAGGCAAUAACUCUGAGGAAUUUGCUCGGCUUUUAUGGAAACCCUAUGACCCUAUCUUGGUCGCUGAAGCUCUGUUUGCUUUGGCUAAGGUGAUGAGCUUCAUGCGUAUGAUUUGUCUGACUGUCAUCAACCGUCACGUGGGACCUAUGCAGAUAUCUUUGGGUGGAAUGAUGAUGGAUAUUGCCAAGUUUCUCAUCAUCUUCUGCUUUGUCUGGUUCGCUUUCUCCAUGGGAAUGAACCAGCUGUAUUGGUACUACUCAAAGCAUCUCGUCAACCAACCCUUUGGAUCGUUGAUGGAGUCGAUGGGGACUUUAUUCUGGGCUUUAUUUGGUCUUCCUGAUUACACCAUUGUGGGUCUACCAGGAAUUAAUCAUCAUUUCACUGAGGGUGUUGGUCAUCUGCUCUAUGCUGUCUACCACAUCAUUGCAAUCGUAGUGUUGUUGAAUGUACUCAUUGCUAUGAUGAGCAAUACAUACACAAGAGUUGAGAUGGAUGCAGACAUCGAGUGGAAAUUCUCUCGGUCCAAGUUGUGGAUGAGUUACUUUGAUGAGCUAGGAACUGUUCCACCUCCUCUCAAUAUUAUCCCUACACCCAAAUCCAUCUACUACUUUGUGCGAUGGCUUUUCUGUGAUGUCUGUUGCAGAGAGGACUUGGCCAAGAAAUACAAGGAACGUCUGCGAAGUAUUGUAGAUGAGAGACAAAUGAAAUUCAGGGAGGUAUCGGAACAGGUAGUCCGUCGCUACCACUUUGAGAAACGUCACCAAGAGGAAGAAGAUGACCAGGCCAACAUAUUGAACGAACUCAAACAGGAUAUUUCAGGCUUCAAGUAUGACAUGUUUGAAGCUCUCUCUGAGAUGGAUAAGAAGAUCAGAGAAGUUGAUGCUAAGGUUAACGAUAAGGAUGUUGCCGAAGAGGGAGGAUUAGGAACAGGGAUGUUCAAAGCUCUCCAAGAUGCCAUGAAGGAACCAGAGAGGAGAGACAGUAUGAUAUCAAUGUCAUCAGGAUGCUCGAUUGCAAUGGUAGAUAUGAAAUCCGCCAGAGAUAAUACAAAUUCAGAAUGGAUGGAACAAGAAGAUGAUAUUGAACUGAGGCCAUUGGUCAAUAGUACAACAGCCAAUAAAGAAGAAGAGGACCAACCACCCAAUGGCUUGGCUGCUGAUCGUCUGAUGUUUAUUGAUGAUGAUGACGCCCUAGGCUCGCAUAGAAACACUGAAGUUUAGGGAAGAUGGGAACCAGCCAACAUGAAGCCUACCAAUAGAGAACAAGAUAACAGGGAACCUGGCAAAUAGAAACCGUAAAUACAGUACGCAUAGCUUGUGAAGAAACCAGCACUAGCAGAGGACCAGUUAGAAAUCUAUUCAGCCAAUCAGCUUGAAGCCAGCUAAGAGGAACCAAUCAAACCGAACUGGAUUGAUGAGCAUUCAUAAAAACCAGCCAGGGAAAAUUUUGCCGGGAGGCACCAAAAAUUCAAUAGGUUAUCGCUAACUUUUCUUAUAUUAAAUAUGGAUGUAUUUAGAUUCUGAAAUUACUACGUGUUUACGAAGGUGAGUUGCGUUUAUCAGCUUUUCUGAGAUGUAUGUAUUUCAAAGUAAAGAAUGUGUAUUUCAGUUUUUAUUCUUCCCUUUUUGUUUUGUAGUUAGUGCCGUACAUUGUCCACUUCUUGCAGAAAAUUAAAUUUUUUUCUGAGUCUUUUAAGUGGCAUAAAUUGUAUUUUGAUAAAAUAAGUGUAAUUUACACAAUGUUGAUCUCAACAACAACUCCCCACCUGCAACUUUUAUACCUCAUCGUAUUAAUGAAAUAAUCUUAGAAAAUACGGAACUUGAAAAUUUUUAAAGUGGUAUUGUGCUUCUGCUUUUCUCAUACAAAGAAUAUUUCAUGAAAACAGUACAACUGAAGCUGAACUGUGAGUGGAAAAUUUUGUAAAUUACCUAUGUAUUUGAAGAUAUGUCUCUUGAAUCUAAUCAAACAGCUGCAGUGUAGCCAUAAUUUACCUUAGAUGCUUUAAAAUAUGGAAACUUUUCAAUUGCCUUAAUUUAACAUCGGUUGAUUAGUUUAUCCUACGAAAUGUAUCUGUUUUACGCCCUCUUACUCUGCCAUAUCAGACUCUACGAAUAUAUUUAGACGGUGGUUUAGCUAAAAAAUGGAGAAGUUGAAAAUGUUUGCCAUAUGGGGGUCUGUCAUGAAAUGAAAUAGCAGUGUUGUAACGAGUCACUAAAUUUGGUGACGCGAGUCGAGUAAUUAUGUCAAGAAGUCGAGUCGAGUCACUUUAUGUAGUCGAGUCGAGCCAAGUAGGCCUACCGAGCUCGAGACAAUUUGAGUCACAAAAUUUUUGAACAAAAUACAGCUAAAUGCAAGUCAUUUUUGGAUUUUUUUCAUUUAAACAUAUUGAAAAUAAAUUAGGGUGACAGGUAUCCAGCUUUAAAAUUUGCUUUUAAUUUCUGGAGACUUGAGUCUUAUAAGCUUCUACUUGAGUCUAGUCUCCAUGCGAAAUUCGAGUUGAGUCGAGUCAUUUGGUUGCAGAGAAUCGAGUCGAGUCAUUUGGUCGCAGAGAAUCGAGUCGAGUCAUUUGGUCGCAGAGAAUCGAGUCGAGGUAUUUACUCGUCGGGAUUCGAGUCGAGUCUCCACGAAGUGUGACUCGAGUCGGACUAGAUUCCAGUCAUUGACUCGAGCCAAUACAACUCUGUAAAAUGGACCAAGCCUUCAGACACUGUUUUAAUAAUGUGGAAUUCAACUUGCAGUGCUUUAUGUCAAUUUCUCGAGAUCAAGAAGAAUUUCCACUCGCAAAGGGAGCCCCCAGAUUUCAUUCUUCCUGCAUUGUCUCUCAAUUCAAGCCUAAAGCAUCUCGUUCAACGUCAAUCCCUGCAUUCUUGCUUCGAAAGUUUUAAAUUUAUACACCAGCCGCAAGGAGCCUCACUGAGCCGAGUCCGAAACGGGCUUCCAGAGCUACGGCUAGGUCUAUUGUCUGCGCGUCUCCAUGCAUUUCCAAUGGAGCGAAGACCUAGGCCUAGCUUUAGACAAGAGAUUCGGAUGCAUUAAGCCUUACUUGAUCAGCUCACUUUUGUCACAGGACCAGGCUAUAUCCACACUGCACCCUUCUUAAAUGAGUCUUUUUCUAUCACGAUGUGUUCUCAGAUCAUGUUCCAUUUAAGACAAACUUUUAGGAAAAGGGUGUUGUACCUUUCAAUGCGUCAUUUUCAUCGUGAUUAAAAAUGAUGACUUGUACAACUGUCUCAGUUGAUUUCCUUGUAAUUUGGAUGCUGUUUUAAACAUUUUGUAUAAGUAUUGAUGAUGUAAACAUUCGACGAGAUGACGUUCAUACUUACGUGGUGUUGACUGUAAUUAGUUCCAUUAUUUAUCUUGUACAAAAUAUUACCUGCAAAAAAAUAUAGCGGUCUAAAGAGUAUGCCUUAGGAGUUUGCAUGGUGUAUGUAGUUAACAAUGCUUGCCUCUUUAUUGAAGUAUUUACAGAAAAUUGAAGUAAUUGGAAAGAUAGGAUUGUUGGGGAAUCAUUAAAAUUGAAUAAAUUCAAUGUUUCUGCAAACCAAACAUUAAUAACUCCACUUCAAAAUUGCGGAUUUUAUUGUUAGCAUUUACAAGUGAUUCUGUACAGUAAGAUUUCGUUGGCUUAAAAUAAUACGAUGGUGAAGUGGCUGUUUGAAUGCAUCAAAUUAAACCAAAUCACCCAGGGCUUUUGUGUAAUGUUUCAAAAUCAAUGUUUCAUGAACUAAUUUACUCGCACAUGGCAUGGAUUCCAAGUGCUUAUAGAUUCCUAUCGUCUUACUAAUUUAUUUGUAUAUUUAACAUACAUUAUCAAUAUUUAUUAAGCCCUGCUAGAUAAAUUUAUGAGUCCAUAGUGGCUACUUUCUUUUGGAGUUUGUUUCUGCAUUGGCCGCUACUUCUGGGUAAGAUGGUAGCGCGUUCAGUGUGCGCUGAGAUUGUGACAAGUUUGUAUGCAUCUAACUAAUGGUUUUUAAUUCCAAUUACGCAUUCGCACUAAGUGAAGGUGCUAUAACAGGGCGCUUUAGUUCGGCAGUAGAUAAUUGAAAUGAAACCAAAAGUAUGAAAAGAAAUGAAUUCUUCAAAUACUAUUUGAUGUCAUUCGACGGCGUUGUGAGUUCCUAACCAUUAUCAAAUACCUGGGAAGUGUGCCAUACUGAAUCUGUUGAAACUUUUACAAUUUACAAUGUAAUUUUUAGGAUGACGUGAAACCUUUGGAAUAAUGAACGAGACGGGCAAAUGUUAAUGCAGAAACCAAGGUGUAAAUUAAACAUUUUCAUUCGAUGUACAUAAGAAAGAUACACUAAAUUAAAUGAUUGUUUCAUUGCUUUUUUUCUUUGAAUCAUAUGUUUUGGUUGAGCACGGAUGAAGGAUAUUUCAGGAAAAUGAGCCAGCGCUGCAUUCAGUGGCACUGUCCAAUUUGCUUUAGUUUCCUAAGUUACUGACGACUAUAGAGAAAAUUCGAUUUCUGUUUGAUCUUCUGUAUAAAUUAAAAACUUAAAUAUAUGAAUUACAAAAAAUAAAGCACUUUGUGGAAAAGGGGACAAAUUCAAAUGGAAAUACGUAUAUAAGAAUUUAGUUAAAUUAAUAAAAACCUAGCGAAUAUUGAUGACUUCUAA